AUGGAUGUUGCUGGUGACAAUUGGAGGCUGGCCCUGACAGAUGCCAAAGUUCCAGACUCGGGAAUAUACUGUUGCCACGUGUCAACCCACCCACCAAUGCUGAAACGUUUCAAACUCAUCGUACAUCCGCCAGAAAUAAGAAUGAGUAAAGAGGCUUUUCUCGAGAGCGGUGAAACACUUUCGCUGAAGUGCGCGGUGGUGUACUUACAUCCUGGGAGUGUGGAGCCUGCAUUGCGGUGGUAUAAAGGCAAUACUACAACCCCAUUAGAUGAGCAGAGAGGGGGUGUUUUGAUUGAAACCGAUCAUUUGACGUUGACAAGUCAUUUACAGGUGGCCCGACUGAAAACUGAAGAUGCUGGCAACUAUACUUGCGUAUUGGAAGCCCCUUUACAAAUGAAAGCAAUGGCAAGAGUUCACGUUUUGCAAGGUAUGUUGUUUCACCAUCUUGUUAUAACAUUAGGACUAGCUUUAUUACUAGUUUUAAACCAUUAUCCGACCAACUUAAAUCGUCUUCUUUAUUUGCUUUUCUAUUAUUGUACUAAGUACUAACUUCAGUCAGCGUUUUAUUAUAAGACGAAUAGUGUUAAAUAUGAUGUGAUAAUUCUAGGCAUCACUAAAAUAUGCAGAUCAAGAUCUGUAUAUGCAAUCAUACUCCGCCGCCAUUUUUCGAUUACCAUUUUGAUAUUAUAUUAUCAAAACUCAACGUUUGACGAGUUGCCUGUUUAUACCUAAACACAUUAACUAUAACGAUUUAAUUAGACAAUUUAAGAAACACGCUUCUCCUAA